UGAGUUCUCAUUGCUUAUGCAAAUACUCAAGAAAUUAAAAAUUUAACCAGGUGCUUUGCCAUCAUGUAAAGGCUGAAGAAAGGCUUUAAUAUUUAACAGUGGCUACAGCUCUGUCACCUUGGAUGCUGUAACACGGCUUCAUGCUAUAACAUGUUUCAUUAUAAGCAUUUUGUGACUGUGGGACAGAGAAUGAAGUUGGAGGGCAAAACUGAGAUGGGGGCUUCCCCAGAGGAUGAAUUAGCUGGAAAGCAGCUGAGGAAGGACCCCGUGUUAGUGCAGCUGCCGGUUUCCAGCCCAGAGCUGCUGGCGGCGUGCAGCUGAGGGGAGGGAGGAGAUCAGCCUCUCGCUCUCAAGGGGUUGCUGUGUCAGGUUCCCAUGCAGAGCACGUGUGGAUAAUGCGAGCUGCAAACGCUGCUGCCUGCUCCAGCCACCGGUACAGAGCGAGCCGGGAGCAUGGGGCAGGUGGCUUGGAAGGGUUUAUUUUUAUCACUUUUUGAUUAUAAAACAGAAAAAUACGUCAUUGCGAAGAACAAGAAGGUGGGGAUUCUCUAUCGAGUGGUGCAGCUCUCCAUCCUGGCUUACCUGGUGGGGUGGGUGUUUCUUGUCAAGAAAGGCUACCAGGACACCGACACAUCCCUCCAGAGCUCCGUCAUCACCAAGCUGAAAGGGGUAGCCUUCACCAACACCUCGGAGCUGGGGGAGAGGCUGUGGGAUGUUGCAGACUAUGUCAUCCCUCCACAGGGUGAAAGCGUCUUCUUUGUCAUGACGAAUCUGAUUGUGACCCCAAACCAGAGGCAAGCCACGUGUCCUGAGAGUGUCAGCAUUCCUGAUGCCCUGUGUUACAAGGACGGUGACUGCCCGGCAGGUGAAGCAGUGGUGGCUGGCAAUGGGGUUAAGACUGGCCGUUGUUUGCAAGAGAGGAACGGCACCAGAGGGACUUGCGAGAUACUGGCCUGGUGCCCAGUGGAGAAAAGAUCAAAGCCCAAGAAACCACUUCUUGCCAGUGCAGAGAACUUCACUGUUUACAUCAAGAACUCAAUCCGCUUCCCCAAGUUCAACUUCUCCAAGGUGAAUGUGCUGGCAACCAACAACGAGUCCUACCUGAAGAGCUGCCGCUACAGCACGGAGCAUCCCUACUGCCCCAUCUUCCUCCUGGGGAACAUCGUCCAGUGGGCUGGGAGUGACUUCCAGGAAAUGGCCUCGGAGGGUGGUGUGAUAGGAAUUCAGAUUGAAUGGAACUGUGAUCUUGAUAAAGCCCCUUCUGAAUGUAAUCCUCACUAUUCUUUUAGCCGGCUGGAUAACAAGUUUGCAGAAAAGUCCAUCUCUGCUGGGUACAACUUCAGGUUUGCCAAAUAUUACCGGGAUGCUGCAGGGGUCGACUACCGGACGCUCAUCAAAGCGUAUGGCAUCCGCUUUGAUGUGAUGGUGAAUGGCAAGGGAGCUUUCUUUUGUGACCUGGUGCUGCUGUAUCUGAUUAAAAAGAGUAACUUUUAUCGAGGCAAAAAGUAUGAGGAAGUAAAGUAAGUGGGCUUGGCUUUUGUGUUUAAAUGUAAUGGCUUUAUUGUUGUGACUAAUAGAAAUAGAAGGAGAUACAGGAGCACAGUAAACAUUAAUGACAAACAAAGGCCAAUUCCAGGAAAUUAAAUUCCUCCCAAUUAUUUUAGCUACAUUCCUCCCUUCCUCCCUCCCUCCAUAAUUCAUUGCUGCAGUUAGCUGGGGAGCAAAGGAAGCUGCUGUGUCAUGCUUGGACUAUAAAUGGCCUUGCACUGACAGUCUCUGAUGACUGUGGAUGGAAUUGGGGCAGCUCCAGAGCCUCAUCAGGCUGAGAACUGGGGCUUUCUUUGUACGGAGGGUGAGGGCCUUUGCUGUAAGGUGUGAGCAGCCUGGCUGGGGACCUCUCGCCUGCAUGGCUUCCUGAAAUGGAAAUAGCCUGCUUGCCUCGUCUGUCACCUUUGCUUGUUUCCUCAGAUCCAGUUCCAGGAAAUCGUUAUCUAGCCCUACGCUGAAUGGGAAUCAGAGCCCUGACCAGCUCGGUGGGCUCUAGGCACAGCGAUGGGUCUGCCAGUUGGGCUUAUGUUCCAGGAAAACCACGCAGGUGUGAAACACACCAGGACUGGGAAGUGGACGUACCCCAGAUCAGGUCUACUCUACUACUCUACCAGAGGAAAAAAUGUCCUUUAAAGACCACCCUUCUUUCCCUGAGGUGUUCUCUGGUAUCCUGAGCUUGCAGCAGCAUGUCAUCACUAUGGAUUUAUAAAGGGAUUUUAUAAAAGGAAAAAGAAGGCACCAAACAAAUGUUUUUAUAUCUAUUGAUAGCUGUAUCUGUACCUACGUCAAUAGCCAGCGUUAUCCCGUGGCUGUGCUUUGCUUCCAUGUGUGAAAGAGCCGUGACAUGAAACACCGCUGGCACGGUGAGGAGCGCUGAGGCUGAGGUUCAACCUCUCCCCCGCUCCGCUGGCUUAGUGGCCACCGCUUCCAACUUGUUACAUGCGAGAUUGGACGUAAGGCAGCAGGACUGCUCUUGUCAGGAUGUGCAACGAAACGCAGCAUUUCAACAGCCCUGAGCCCGGGCGAAAGGGGCUCGUUACCCUGCAACGCCUGUGCUGACUGGGCUGGUGUCGCAGCGGGGGUGAUUACGCUUAUUGCGGGGUGUGUGUAACCAUUAGGGUUGGAACGGUGCUCCUCCAGGAAAAGCCUUCACAGCAGCUGCCACUGGGUGCUCUGCUCCUCUCAGGAACAGCAGGAAGUCCUGCCGUGGCUCCGAAUGGAGAAUCCAUUCAGCCAUGGCUGGGUCCCAGCUACCUCACCCGCUGCCCACCGCCUCUGUUCGUAGUUGGCCCACAGAGCUGGCAUUUCGGAGCACAGACCAGGUAACGGCAGGCAGAGGAGUAUUUUGAAGCAAGGCAGGGACGGCUGUUUUUGUGGUUGACAGCAGGGGGAAAAGGGUGCUAACACAAAAUGUGGUGCUGGCAGUAUUUGCACAGAGAUGGCCCUAGGUUCGCCCUCCUUUGUUCAGUGGCUGGUUUCAUUUAUUUGCUCAGCAUUGUCCUUUCUGCAUCACUUACCCCUUGCUCAUGGUGGGGAGAGAUCUGGAUGGGGGACUUAACGCUUCUGCCAUUUCUCAUAGUACCCUGAACUGUGCUGCAGAGAGUGAAAAAGAGAGCUCUGCCAGGUGAAACUCUACCAGGUCCUUCCAAAUAUACCAACAGGAGGAAAAUUUAGAAAACAGAUGUCUGCUGUUUCAACACCCUGGUAACUUCCAACAACUACUACUGCUGCUUGGUUUCUCAGUAGAGAAAUGUCUCAUGGCAGCCCAUUUGGUGAAUUUACGCUCAUGUGGGGAUGUGACCAAUCUUGGAAGAGAAAAGUGCUUGCAGAACAUCAUUGUUUAAACUUUGCAUUUGCUUGAGCUGGCAGGAACCGACUCACCUGAAGCUCCUGAAGACAGUAGGUGAAUUCCUGCCUCAUUUAAAGCUUCCACACUGUGGCUUGGUACAAACUGAUCAGUGUUCUGUAAAUGCGGCCACGUCACCACUGAUCAGGAGUCAUCAAGAUGAAGAUCAAGUGUUUCUGUGUGCUCUUUGAAUAUCACGAUUUAAAGGACUCCUGCUGCAGCAUCCUUGCGUACCGCUAUGAGAGCUGGAGAGAGAGUGGCAUUACAGAGAGCUGCCACGAUCGAGUGUUCUGCACAAAUGGAAACAGCAAGCUGCGCUCCCCUUUGCUUUAGCUUCUUGAAGGUGGCGACUCCGAGGUACACAUCGAUCCUAAAUUAAAACCUUUGUGAGCAGCAGCAAACUCUGAAUCCAGUCGCUGAUAGCAACCCCCACUCAGUCUCUGCUUCUGUUCAGCUGCAAGUAAUUGUUGAGUCAAGCAUUUAGCUAGAAAACAGAAUUAAACCGUGGACUUAAAAUAAUUUAGGAUGAGCUCUGUACCUCUGAUGCUGUAAGCACAUCCAAAGCCGCCUCUCCUUGUGCCAGAAGCCUCUCCUCUAGGCAAACGUGUGUCACUGUGCAUGUAACUGCACUCGUCAGACCUAUUCGAAAUGCCACAGCAACAAAACAGCACAGGCUUUUGACUGGCAGAGCCUAAUCCUGUUUGAAUGAUUUCUAAAUGGUGAAAUACAGGGUGAACCCCACAUGUGACAGCAGGCCAAGGCACAACUCAUGGAAACCAAGCAGUUCAUUGUAACCCGUAAAGCUGACCGCACCCUACUGAAACCAAUGGUUUAACUUGACAAAGCAACAUCCUCUUGUUAGAUGACCAAAGCGAUUUCCUGAAUGUAAGUCUUCGGGGGCUUCAGGCCCUCAAAAGUCCCUGCAAUGUUUCCCCUCUUUAUACCUUCUGUUUAACACAAGUCCCACAACCAUUGCUGUUGAUAAAACAUAACCAGAUUCCUUCUCAGGAGCUUGUUUCUUUGAUUUUUUUUUUUCCUCCUCCCCUCCUUGUGUUUAAUGUACAGCAAUAAAAU